UACUUUGGCUACAAUGUCUUUCGUUUCUGCUGCUGAACGUGACGAGGUCGCUUGCACCCUUGCUACCCUGAUUCUUGCCGAUUCUGGCGUGAAGGUCGAUGCUGCCGGAAUUGAGAAGCUCUUGAAGGCUACCAACAUCACUGUUGAGCCUUACUGGCCCAUGCUUUUCGCCAAGUUCCUUGGUGAAAAGGACAUUACUGAGCUUCUGAUGAAGCCCAGUUGCGGAGCUGCUCCUGCUGCUGCUGCCGGAGCUGCUGCUGCCACUGAAGCCGCUGAGGAGAAGGAGGAGGAGAAGAAGGAGGAAGAGGAAGAGGAGGAAGAGGAUAUUGAUAUGAGCGGUGGUGGUCUCUUCGGAGAUGAUGAUGACGACUGGUAAACAAGUACGUGAGUCAUUGGAGCCUUUACC